AUGGAUGAAAAGCUUGAACUAAGUGCUAAUUGUGGACGUAUUCGAUCCAAAGAGGACGAAGAAGCAUUGGACAAAAAAAUUGCUGAAAUUCGAAAAAAGAAUCAAUUGAUCGAACAAAGGAAAGAAGUUGUGGAAGAAGAUCGAGCAAAUUUUGUCAAUGAAUAUGGCAAAAUGAGCCUUUAUGAUAGAGCAAAAGGGACAAUGUACAGAAAUAAAGAAACGUUAAAAUCUCGAAAACCUGGAGAAUGGGAUCGAGAAUGGGAUGCUGGAAAACUAAGUGUUGAAAAUUGGAAAGAGAAUGUACCUGAUAUUGACAAUAGUAAAGGAACAAAUGCGCAUUUUUUACGUCGAUCAAAGAAUCGUAGUAAUGGUUGCAAAAGUAACAAUAGCGCCACAUCAAAAAAAGUAGCUGAAAUUAAGGAGAAGAAGCAGAAGCUAGAAGGCGCUAAAGAUGCACAAACAAUUGUUAAAUGUAAAAGUAAUAAUGAUAAUGAUAACGAUAGCGAUGAUAACAACAAUGAUAAUAAUAACAAUAAUAAUGAUGACAAUGGCAAAAUUAACAACAAUUUUAAAAAGUUAUCAACAACAAUCGUUAGCGCUGCUAAUGCUUCUUCAACGAUGCCAACUCGAUCAAUUAUCAAAGAAUACGGAAACAAUGAUAAGGAUGUGAUUGUGAUGGAAGAUGUUAAAAAUUUGUUGGAUGAAAUUUUAUCGGAAAUGAAAUGA